CCAUAGUUGAGUACUAAGCUAUGAAUUACAGAAAGUCUGUGAGGUUUCAUUGGAUGUCCUGGACCAUAAUGAAAAUUUCCAACGUCAGGAUUAUAGAAAUACGAUACUUUUUUAUUGUAACUCAUUUUCAGAAAAAUUUUGUAUGAAAUCGAAGAAUCGAUACUCAUAUUGGUUAAUUGCAACGUUUAAUACUUGUCAAACAGCAUUUCAUUAGUCAAACGUUAAAUUUUCAGGCAUCAAAUUGACCAGGUACGCCGCGGCCAUUCUUAUUUUAUGGACGCUGGCGGUUGGCAACGAUGCUUUCUAACGUAUUCUGAGGGAUGAAGAGAAUUAUUUGCUUCUUGUAUUAUUUAUCUACAGUAUUCUAUAGUAAUACAUUUUUAUUAAAAUUGUAACUAGUUCAAGUGGCCAAGAGGAAAAGAAAGUUUGAAAGUAUGCGACCGGAUUCGCGCAGCGUUUCGUUUACAUUUCACCGGGAAGUUCUAAGUGUCAAAAGUUCGUCCGAGCUUACGAAGAAUCCGAAGAAUCUGAGACGACGCCUUCAGGAUCGUUUUGAUAAGGAAAAACCAGGCGAUUCGUGCAAGGAGAAAAUGUCGAAAGACAAUCGUAGCUGGAAUAAUUUAACGCUCGGAAAUAUGUCAGCAGACUCCAGACGUGCUCUACGAAGUGGAGCCGAGAAACUAUCCAAAACUAUAUCUUCCGUUCGUACAACUUUCGGAACUAUAUCACAGAAAUUCAAAAGUUCAACGCGCAGGCGACAAAGACUGGAAGAACAGCAGUCUCCAAACAACAUGUCCAAGAUGCAAACUCCUCAAACUCGUUCUCGUCAAAUUCUUGGACGAACACCAACUAAACUUUACAGCCCUUUUGGCAUCGAAUCACCUAGGCAUGCAUGGGAUAAAGAAAACAAUGAGACACCCAUGCAUACUCCUGUAUCAUCUAACGCACAUUACAUCCAAUGUAGGCCAUUCCGUUUCACAAGAGCAAAAGGAUUUUCUGUCUUAAGAUAAAGAGCUUUCCAUGUUCA